UACAAUUUGUGAAUGUGCAUACACUGUACGUAUAGGCGAAUGUAAGCAUAGACUUUAUAUGGUGAACGAUGUUUUUCUAUUCCUUUCUCUCUCUCCGUGUUUAAAAUAAACAAUUUAAUCUCUAAUUCUAUAAAAGUGACACAACAGAAGAACUAAUACUGUUCAAUCAGGAUGAGUAAAUACGUGAAUCUGAUAAACGUGGGCACUACUUACGCUAUGCGCAUGAAUCGUCUGAGUAAUCGAAUCUUUGGCGAAGUAAUCAGACCAACUAAUAAGAAAUCGAUGAAAGUCGUAAAGCUCUUUAGCGAGAAACCGGUAAACAAACGACCAGAGAUCGUAGAAUAUUAUCCAAGAUUUAAAGAAACUGAGCUAUUGAUGACACAUCUGCGUGAUUACGGCCUGUUUCGGGAUGAGCAAAAGGACUUUAAGGAGGAAUUCCAACGUUUGAGAGAACUUCGCGGUAAAACUAAAUGGGUACCACCGCCCUACAGAAAUCAAUCCAAACCAUCCUAAGAUCCAAAUAAUUUAUAAUUGAGUGUAGCAAAUACAACAAAAAAAUUUUUCU